CAAGUUCCUCUCAGUUUCCCUCCUGGUCCCAAACUUGGAUUUCAACUUUACCAGACAGUGAUUUCUACAAGUGGCGCAGAAAGUCCCUCUGGGCCCGCUCCUGUCUCUUUGUAACUUCCCAGCUAACACUCCCUGAUAAUGGGUGACUGGAGUGCUCUGGGUCGUCUGUUGGACAAGGUCCAGGCUUACUCUACUGCUGGGGGGAAGGUCUGGCUGUCGGUCCUCUUCAUAUUCCGGAUUCUUGUUCUGGGUACUGCGGUGGAAUCAGCCUGGGGAGACGAGCAGUCUGCCUUCAAAUGCAACACCCAGCAGCCCGGUUGUGAGAAUGUCUGCUACGACAAAUCCUUCCCCAUCUCCCACGUUCGCUUCUGGGUCCUCCAGAUCAUCUUUGUGUCGACGCCCACACUCCUCUACCUGGCUCAUGUCUUCUAUCUGCACAGGAAGGAACAGAAAUUCAACAAGAAAGAGGAGGAGCUCAAAGCUGUGCAAAAUGAUGGAGGUGAUGUUGACAUCCCACUGAAGAAAAUUGAGAUGAAAAAGCUUAAGUAUGGCAUAGAGGAGCAUGGCAAAGUAAAGAUGAAGGGGGCCCUUCUCAGAACCUAUGUAGUUAGCAUUUUCUUCAAGUCUCUGUUUGAGGUGGGGUUCCUGGUUAUCCAGUGGUACAUAUAUGGCUUUAGCCUGUCUGCCAUCUACACCUGUGAGAGGUCCCCAUGCCCACAUAGAGUGGACUGUUUCCUGUCCCGUCCCACAGAGAAGACCGUCUUUAUCAUCUUCAUGCUGGUGGUCUCACUGGUGUCCCUGUUGCUCAAUGUGAUUGAGCUUUUCUAUGUGCUUUUUAAGAGGAUCAAAGAUCGUGUGAAGGGCAAACAGCCGCCCACACUGUAUCCCAGUGGAGGCACCUUGAGCCCCACCCCUAAAGAACUAUCCACUGCCAAGUAUGCCUACUAUAAUGGAUGCUCCUCUCCAACUGCCCCACUCUCUCCCAUGUCACCCCCAGGCUAUAAACUAGCCACAGGGGAGCGGGGAACUGGCUCAUGCCGUAAUUAUAAUAAGCAGGCCAAUGAGCAGAACUGGGCCAACUACUCCACAGAGCAGAACCGCCUCGGCCAAAAUGGUGGAGGAAGCACUAUUUCAAACUCCCACGCACAAGCCUUUGACUUCCCAGAUGAUACCCACGAGCAUAAGAAACUCUCCUCAUCAGCAGGACAUGAGCUGCAGCCACUGGCACUGAUGGAUGCCAGGCCCUGUAGCCGGGCCAGCAGCCGAAUGAGCAGCCGAGCCAGGCCCGAUGACCUGGACGUGUAAGCCCUGGUUCCUUCACCCACUGCUGCCUAGCUAAUGGGAUGUGUGGCUGCAAGUGUUUCCAUAGAGUCCAGAAACACUCGAUUCAUAUAAGAAGUGGGGCUAACCUCAAUCACUGUCUUCAGCAUAGAGACUCUUAGUCAGUCAAAGAGACAUUAAAACUUGUUAUAUAACACUGUCAGAGGUACAAGUUGCAAAUAUUUUUUCAAUUAUGUUUAUUAUAACUUUUUAGUGGAGCUAACCCAGCUUUAGGAAAACAGAACAGCCACAGAAAGGUGCAAGCAUUGCUCCUUUAAACCAGUUCAAUAACAGGAGAGAAAGUGACUAAUUGAUGGUUAUGGUUUAACUAAUAACUAAUGAUUUUAAUUAGCCAAGCUUAUAUCAGAGGAAAAGUCUGUUUUCUUCUUAUUUUCAGUUCAGUUUCAGCUUAGUUUCUUCUACUCUUGCUAUUUGUGACAGCAUUUUAUUUACUACUGUCAGAUCUGAAGCUAUGGUGAUACCUUUACAAUAGCAUGCCUUCUUAGUUGUAUCUUUUAAAAAUCUGACCAGAUAAAACAUUUGUCUUUACCACUUUAUAAGCGCAGAUUUGCAUACACACUGCUAAAAGAAAAUGGUUUGAGGAAUUGGGUAUCAUCAUUGAUUGUCUCACCCAAGAUGUUUGUCAGUACCAGGGGCAGGGCCUGGGAGAGGACAGUCAUUACAAGUAUGAAGGCAACAAGCUCUUGUCAGGAACACAUAAAUUAUAUUUGUUGUUUGAACGAAUGAACAAUGACUUUAUGUGUGAAUCAACAUCACUAAUGCAUAUUUUACUGUUUUCACUCAGACUAUCCCACUUCCAAAAUAAAAAUCACAUUUUCGUCUCGGUCACAAAAAAGACAGGAGUUAUUGUCCAGGGCCGUCGUAUAGACGAAGCAACUACCACUUGGCACAAAUGAUAUUGAAAAUGCCCAAUAUCAGUUGUAGUGAAUAUUUAUGGCUUGUCAUCUGUAGGACGCCUACCACUAAGAGGAAAAAUUGACUACUAUUCAGUAUCUCUUACUCACAGAAAACAUUUUACAUGAACUCCCCGCAAACUGUAUAUUUAUUGACGGUAAAACAUUAUUUUUCUUAAUUAACAUUUUCAGUCAGUGUGGACUGUUGUUUCCUGAUAAACUUUGAAUUUAUGUGGUAUUAUGUUAUAAUUUGUGGUUUUAUUUGUCUUUUUGGGGUGUGUGUGAGAGUGGCAGGGCUGAGGGUUCAGACUGUUGUGACAGCAAACUAAUCUGCUUUUAUAUGGGUUCCAUAAAGAAAGGCUUUAUUGCUGUCAUUAAUUCGACAAGUGUGUUCUCUUUUUUCAUCUUUUGUGGGCGGUAGAGAAAUACAUUAGAAUGAUAUUUUACAUAUUUGAAUGAAUGAUUUUUUGUUCUGUAGGUAUUGUUUUGUUUUUUAGACUCGAUGUAACCGCUGCUUGAGAAAUAGAUAUGUAGUACUGUAAAUCAAGCUAACUGUGUCACGGUAAAAAUGUGAGUUUUUAGAGGACUGCUUAUAGAUCUGGACUAAUAUUUAGUCAGUUAUAUUAAAACAUAUGCCAAUGUAGCUCCACAACCACCAAACAGUAGGAUAAAUCUCAAUUUGGCUGUUUUUUAUUUGUAUUGUAAUAUUUUACAUUUUCAUUUCUGCUUCAUUUUGUUGGUACUUACAUGUGUCAUGGAUCUUUCAGCUACAAUGGCAUUUGCACUGAAAUCUUGGUGAUAGAGAUGUAAUAUGAUGCACACAGUAAGUGGUAAGAGUUUUCUGAUACACAUGUUACUAAUUUAUUUUAUAACACAGAAAUCACUACAGUGCAUAAUAUCAGACAUCUGACCACUGGUUUCAUUGACUGGUUCUGUGAGAGAUGUCUUCUAUUGACAGAACAGGAGCAAUAGUCAUUUGUUGCAGUUAUUCAGACAAUGCUAAUCCACGGGGAUCCACUGUUGUACAGUGUAAGUACAUGAUAGCAAAACAAAAACUCAUUCAUUGUAUCUGUGAAAAGCUAUUUUAACCAAUAAAUAUUUUUCUGUCAUA